UCUUAUCUCGUCGAUAAGGAAGUCUUUUAUCAGAUUACUCGGGUCUACAUAACUACCUCGCUCAGUCUAGUCUAUUCAAAGCACACUGUUCCGCUAUUCGUACAAAGUUGGCAAGUUACUGUUAUACGGUACUGAAUUCGCUGUUUACUGUGAAAAACUAGCGAUAAACGGUGGUAGGAAGAGUGAAGAUGAUACUACAGUAGACGGGUUAUUGUAAAAAUAAUAGCGUCUGGAACUUGAUAGGUCAGUUGACCGAAAGCAUCAACCUCCAAGAAUCCGAAAAAUGAAACGAGUAACAGCACUGGCCAUCUUGCCGUUACUGCUUCAAGUAACGUCGGGUUUCCUGUUCGGAAUUACUUACACCGACAUCUGCGAUUCCCUGUGUCGGUGUCCUGGUGACAUUUUGCAAGCGCGCAAUGAAGCCCUGGACUGCAGGGACAGAAAUAUAACUUCACUUCCAGACAACAUCGUAUUCCCCGACGAAGUCACCCGCGUCGACUUCACCAGGAACAGGAUUGAGAGCAUCGCCACAGGCACCUUCUCCAACAACGAGAAAUUGUUAAGUGUCGACUUCUCCGAUAAUGACGUGAGGAUCCUGCCAGAGUGGGCCUUCCGAUAUCUGCCGCUCCUUCAGUAUCUCUCCUUCAAGAACAACAAAUUGACAGAUAUUCAUGAAAAGGCCUUCGCAGGACUAGCGAACCUUACCACGCUAGACUUAAGCUACAAUGAACUGACUACGUUGCCCAAGGACGUCUUCGCGCUGCUUCCUAGCCUCCAGGAAUUGAUUCUGAAUUUCAAUUCACUGACUCACGUCGACGAAAUUUCCCUGCAUCAAAAUGCAGCUCUCCGAACGCUCCAUUUGAGCUCGCUGGGCAUCAGGACUCUACAUCCGCAUUUUAUCCCGCGAAACUUAACGAAACUGAGCAAAGUCUCCUUGGCCUUCAACGACAUGACAGAGAUUCCCGCCAAGGCUCUGCACCACAUAAAGGAUUCGCUCGAGGACCUGGACUUCUCUGGAAACCCAAUUAAGGACCUGGGAGCCUAUUCCUUCUACGGCCUCAGCAACCUGAAGACGCUUCGCCUGGACCAGAUGCUCAAGCUGGAGACCAUAGACGCCUUCGCCUUCGGGGACCUCGUUCACCUGGAGACCUGCACCCUCAGGUACUUGCCCAAGAUCUCCUACGUCGACGAAAUGGCCUUCUACGGGAACAAAAACGGCACGAAGAAACCGAUAGUCGUCCAGGACUUCACCUUUUCCUUCUCUGUGUUAUCUACUCUGCCAGAGAAGCUGCUAGAUUGGAGCGAACUCCGCUACGUCAAUUUGCGCUACAAUAAAUGGCGCUGCGAUUGUAACAUGAAGUGGAUCAAGAAUUCCUCUUUGCUCGAGCUGACUGGAUCCAAGAUGGUAUGUUCAUCGCCUUCGAGUCUAAGAGGCAAAAAGCUAACAGACAUUCCAGCAGAACAGAUGACCUGUUCCAGACCCGAGGUCGAGGUCACUUCAAACCAGUCCCUGGGGAUCAUCAUAGGAGUCCUCAUCGCCGGAAUAGGAGUCAGCCUGGCCACCGUGGCACUCCUGGUGUACUGGCGCCAGGGUUGGCUUUUCGUCAGGCCACAGGGCAGCUACGUACACAUCCAGAGAGGAGCGGAGGAGAUCACGGUCAUAGAGGAUGUGGAAAUGGAUACAGGAAAUUAGGGGAGAUGACAGAAGGAGUCAUAGAGGAUGCGGAAGUGGACAGAGAAAAUAAGGGGGAGAUGACGGAAGGAGUCAUAGAGAAUGUGGAAAUGGAUAGGGAAUGAGGAAAUGAUAGAGGGAGUCAUAGUGGACGUGGAAAUUGAUAUAAAAUGGGGGGAGGCACAGAGGAUUAGGAAAUGGAUAGGGAAUAAGACAGGGGAAUAACACAGGGAGUCAUAGAGAA